AUGGAAAUAAUUGCUCAUGUGUUUUUCUAUGAUGGCUUCAUUGGUCUGAAACCUGGAGAACGUUAUACAGUCAGCGCAUUAACUCUACCGACCAGGAGUCAGUGGGAUAAUUAUGUUUCCAAAGAAAUAAGAAUCCCUUGGGAGUCAUGUUGGGUGCCAGACCUGAAAAUCCAUGAAACACCGUUUGCUGUCAAUGUCACCCUCUUCCAAGAUCUGAGCUACGGGUUCCAACGUUUUGAUGUCCAUCUUUACGAUCAUACAGACAGGGCACGCUCUUUAAGCGUGGAUUUCAGUACUGCAGAUAUUUGCGAGAUGGAUGGGAAAAACGGCACAAACAUCCUUUUUGAGUGCAUAGAGCCAACAACAGCUAAAUUGAAAUUAUAUGUUGCAUCUGAGGAGUGCCGGUUUUGUCAGUGGAACAAGAAUAAAAUUCAAGUUCAAGGCAUAGCACCGACAUUCACUAAUUGCCCAGAACAUGACAUCAUCAGAGAGGUUGAAAUGAGGAAACCGAUGAUUGAGGUGACUCCCGUCAACUGGUCGCCGCCAACACCAGUCUUCCAGGGAAGUUGCGGGACUGGCUACAACAGUUCUCGUGAUCCAGAUAACACUGCCUUCCGAGUUGGGACGACUACUUCCAUCAGGAACGUGGCAUGGCAGUAUUCAUCAGUGUCUGAAUGCACCUUCAAUGUCGAAGUCAGGGCAGUUGAUACUACUCCACCCAAAAUCAUCUGUCCUGAUAACAUCAGCACGUACGGUGACCCCAAGAAUAAAACAUUUAAAGUCAGUUGGCGUAAACCAUCAUUUUACGAUGCUUCGGACACAGUUCUGACCGUUGUUACUCCAGAUAUACCUUCUAACCAAACUUCGUAUAACUUUCCUGUGUUUGUGAAUACUACCGUGAAGUACCAGAUAACAGAUGCUUACAAUAAUGUGGCGUCCUGCAGGUUCUUCGUGUAUGUGAAAGGCGAUACGGAUCCUCCACAUAUACUGUAUUGCCCACGAAACAUUAAGGUGAACGGACAACCCAAGAUGAAAAGUGCAGAAAUCCACUGGGACAGACCUCAGUUUGAUGACACAUCGGACACAGUCAUGACCAUUGUCACUCCCAAUAUUCCUAACGAUGAGACCUUCUUUACGUUUCCUGUGGGUGUGAACACCACCGUCAAGUACAAGAUAACAGAUGCCUACAAUAACACAGCACAUUGUAACUUCUCUGUUUAUAUCAAAGAGACCCCAGCUGCCUCCCCACUGGUGAUUACGUUAUCUUGUCUAGCGGGAGUUCUUCUCAUUGUGGUUGUGCUGGCCCUUGUCUGCGCGAAAAGAUAUAAAGGCAUGAAACCAAAUGAAACAGGAUCCAAAGAGAAGCUUGAGCCAAGUGAAGUCACAUUCAAGCCUGUAGACCCUCUCAAACCCUAUGGUAUUGAUUUGGAGAGUCUCAUCAAUUGUUCUGGGAGUCAGCUGUCAAUAGACAGGAGUCGCAAAAACAUCUACCCCUCCCAGGGACCCCCUGAACGCCGUAGAUCUGUCCCCGAACUACAUGUAUCCUCUGGAUUUUGUGAAGAUGAAUUUAUUCCCAGCUUUGGACACCCUCAUCUUGAGAGUGUGACAGAGGAAUUAGAGAGGGAACAUCUAGUGUAUAGACCCAACGAAGAGGAUCGAUCCUCCAACGGAUCAAAGUAUUCAAGCUCCUGCUCCGAUGAUUCACCGGUCUCACUGGAAUCCACUUGUUGAUUCUGCUAUUAACAGCAUUGAGUGUAUACAAGUCCUGUUGCGGAGGAAGCAGUAUGGUGUGAACAAAGGAUAGUAUUGACACAUCACAGACAUCUCAUAGUAUUCAAGCAGAAAUGAUAGUUUCACAAUCCUGUCAGGGUACUCUUCUUUCAGAUGAUUCACAUGGACAGGUCCGGUGUAUGUACUGUACAAUGCCAUGUAAAGACUCCAUGAUAUUUUCAGUCAACUCGUUGGAUAUACACAGGCUCAGUCUUGGUCUCUGAUAGGAUUUUAAAAAACAAACAACGGAAUCUCCUUUCACCAAAGCUUGAUUAUCUAAUGUCCCGAAUGAGCACAUGCAAUAGAAUUACAAUGUGAAAAAAAAAAUCAACCGGGUCUCCAUGUUUCUGAGCAGGACUCCAACAUGGUAGAACAAAGUUGAGAGAUGAGAUUCUCCAUGUGAAUGGACGUUACAAUAUUGGGACCAAGAGAUCACAGUAUUCAAGAGCCUGUGGUGAGUUCAUCAUCAUCUUGUCACAUUGGAGAAAGAAUGACCGAUUCAAGAAGAAGUGAAGUCUUCUUGUUUCUGAACAGGAUGUCACCUUUGGAGAAUAAUUUGCAAGAUUGUCAGAGUCCAGAGAGAACUGUAUGUGGAAUAUUGGGUCCACAUGUUUCUGAACAGGGUAUCUGCAUAGGAGAUUAAACUUUUUUCUAUCGCUAUUUAUAGACAAUAUAGGGGAACAGCUGAUUCCGUGAAAUAACCAGCUGUUUCUAAGCAGGAUGGCAGUGUUGGGUGAAAGGUUUUUUUUUUUAUAAUUAAGUUGUUUAUUGUACAUGGUAUCAUGAGAAUGAAAAUUCUUGUUCUGCAUUUAUUCUUCUGCUGUUAGCUUUCAGUCGGAGUAGUUGCUGACACAAUUACCAUUUAACACAAAGACUUGCAUUCAAUCGUAAAUUUUGAACAGAGAAAUUGAUUGUUAGAUAUCGGGUUUGCUGGUCAUUUACUCAUGCAAUAAUUAUCUUGAUUGGUCUAGUCAUAUUUCAAGUGAAUGUAAACCUUUGUGUAAUGGGGGCCAGGAAUAAAGCACUGGGGGGUUACUUUUGUAGUUUUAUCAUAAGGGCACAGCCUGAUUCAUGUUGUUCCUCUAGUCAUUUGCGAGUCUGCAUCAGGGGCCUGUUUCAUAAAGGACUUACAACUCUUACUUUACCAUUAUGGCAGUUACCAUGGUAACAGGGCACAACAGCCAAUCGCCAUCAAGGUUUCCUUGGUAGUUGCCAUAAUGGUAAAGUUAAAGGGAUGGUCCAGGCUGGAGAUAUUUAUAUCUCAAUAAAUAGAGUAAAAUUCACAAAGCAAAAUGCAGAAAAUUUGAUCAAAAUCCAAUAACAAAUAACAAAGUGAUUAAAUUUUAGAGAUUUGCAUUAUUCCGGUGAAACAGUUCUAGGCAUGUCUUUAUGAAUAUUCAUUAGGUUGGCUGAUGAUGUCAUAUCCUCACUUGUUCUUUUGUAUUUUAUUAUAUGAAAUUAGGAGUAUUCAAAAUUUUUCUACCAAGACCGUAAGCAAUUGCAUUGACAACUUAAUUAUUAAGUGCAUUAGUUAUUUACUGCAACUUAUUUCAUCAUAAUGGAGACACAUCAUUUACAAAUGUAUGAAAAAAUUAAACAUUUAUGAUUUCAUGUAAUAACAUAAGCAAAAGGAAAGUGGGGAUGUGACAUCAUCAGCCCACAUAAUGAAUAUUCAUGACGAUGUGCAUAUAAUUGUUUUCACAAAAUAUUGAUAAAUUUUAAAAUUCAAUAACUUUGUUAUUUGUUAUCUGAUUUUGAUGAAUUUUUCAGCAUUUUGCUCUGUGAAUUGUACACUAUUUAUUUAGAUGUAAAUAUUUUCAGCCAGGACCAUCCCUUUAAAACGGCCCUCAGGCACUGUCAGACCAAGGCAAGUGAGGUAACAGCAUUACAUAACUGUUACUGGGCAGCAAAAUGGAUUCCACUUUGGAUGAUAGACAUAACCUGUUACCAGCUCCCCAUGACAUUUGACACUAUUUGUAGAAAGUUUUUAAGAAACGAUUGUUUUUGUUUUUUGUGAAGUAAAACCCUUCAUCCGUGCCGUUAUGCUUUGAGCUAAACUGUUUCUUCCAGUAGGCCUACAGGAAUCUGUGAUGUUUUUCCUUAUUCAGAUUCAUUUAAUCAUAGAUUUUUCUCUUUACUUUGUUUCCAUGGUGAUGCAGCAGCUGAAUGAUACGUUACCAGUUGUGUGACCGAUUCAUGCUGUCAUACUUCCCUACGGAAAUUGAUUAAACAGGCCUUUUAAGACUUGCCAUUUUAUGACAAAGAACUGUAGAGUGUAUACCUCUGCUUUUCUUAAUGCGUCAAAGCAUGACUGGUGUAUGAUAUAUAAUGGUUGUUAUAUAUGUAAACAUGUAUUUAUUUUUGUUAUAAAGAAAGGCCCAUGUUGUAUGAAGCAUAAGUAAAAUGAUGAAUGUGUCAGAUUAUUAUAAAUAGAUGAUUUAGAUAGGAUGCAUAACCUAUCCACAAAAUUGUUAAUUCUUUUAGAGAAAAAUCAAGAUUAAGUUGUAUUCUUCCAAUUAUUAGACUGUCUUGCCAUGACUCCAAGAAUAUAUUAGUACCUACGGUAUAUAAAAUGAUUGUAUGUAUUUAGCAAACGAAUUAGCAAAUAAUCAUCAAAUGAAAUGCAUCAUCAGAUUUUUCAGAAUGAUUUCAGUACAUACCUCUAUGAUCGAUAUUUAUAGUGAUAUUCUACUAGGUCUUUCAUGAUUGUUGCAAAUGAUUAUCAGUACUUUCUUCGUCAUCUUGUUCUCUUUCCAUGAUUAUUUUUAUCAGUACAACGUUGCAAACGGAAGCCAUGAUCUGUUUUAUUGAAUUAUAUGUUUUCUAAUUGAGCAAUAUACAUAUGGAAGAUUGUAAUUAUGAUUAUAUUGAAUGUACCUUUACUAUUGAAUUGAAUUUGCAUUAGAUUUAGAUGAAAUGGCGCUAGCGAUGUGAAUAUUAUAAGAUAGAGACAAUUAAUACUUAUUUUUGUAAAAAAACAAAACGGAAAUAGUGUUUGAUACCACAGAAAAAUAAACAACCAAAGUAAUCUGGAAGCUCAAAAUGCGGAAGUGGCGUUAAAAUAAUUCUGACGAUCA